AUGUUGCUGAUGGAACGCACAGUCCCCGAUGCCCCUCCUUAUUCACGUUACGGCACAAACGGCGACAAAAGCGUACAGCGCACAGUCCCCGACGCCCCUCCUUAUUCACGUUACGGCACAAACGGCGACAAAAGUGUACAGCGCCCCGCCACUCUCACGUACAAACGGCGACGUUGCAUCGAACGAGGCAGUAGCCUCUCGACCGGAAGGCCAACAGGUCAUGCGUUGUGGGGCACUUUCUUGUACCUCGGCCGAGCGAGGACAUGGCGAGGCGGAUCACGUGAGUUUCUUUUCCUCGACCCUCAGGAGGGCCUUGACCAAACGAUGAACGGCGGGGAGAAUUGCGUGAACUUGGCGCUGGUGCACAAGUACCCUGUCAAUGCUGACGAGCCACCGCCGCUGGACCAGCGUGUAUUCAGUGUCAUCUCCGUCAAUGCCAACAAGGAUGGAUCCAUCGUGUAUGCAGCAGAGGCAGGCGGGUCCAGCGACCAGGCGGUACCGGGGCUCAUCUGGUGCGAGGCCUGUAACCUAGGCGUACUGCCACCCGUGCCACCACCCAACCCUUUUCCCCGCAAGCUGUCAAGUGCGGCGAGUGGUUGGUACUCAGCGGAGGCCGAUGCGAGUGCGGGGGCGGGGGCUGGCGUGGCUGUUGGCGGUAGUGAUAAAAUGCUGGGCAAGAGGCGAGCACGGUCGAUGGAACUGGCGGAGGUGGGGCCUGCCGCCGCUGGUACAUCAAGUGGUGGUAGUGGCAAAGGACGAGACAAGAAGCGAGCACGGGGGCCUGACGUCCCGGCCGAUGUGGCCGAUGCCAGGUUCGCGUCGACUGCAGGUGGCUAUAGGCCGAUAGCUUCGGUGUCGUCAGCAACCGCCAAUUUACGAAACCACCUGAAGACCGACACCCACAAGGCUAACCUCGCCAUGAUAACCUUGCGAGCACAGCAGCGGCCCGAGACCUUUAACAAGCAGCCUCAAGUCCAAUUUGGGUUUGUGCGACUCGAUCCUUUUCUCGUCAAGAAGGCGGAGCGAGUGCCUGUUGCUGGCGCCCCCGCCAUGCAACCAGACGCGCCGGAUGUGUAUCAGCGCGCUCCCACUGCCACAGCCGCCCAUGUUCAUCCUGACCGCACGACCCCUCCACUGCCUCCGCUGCCACAUUUGCGGACCCACGGCCUGCCGCCGGGCAUGAACCGCGGUGUGUGCCUGCCCAGGGGUGCCGGUGUCGCCGGGUUGCAGAGGGGUGCAGCUUCAGCUCACGGUGGUAGUGGGGUGUACGGACCGGCUGGUGGCGACUAUGAGGCGCCGCUGCCGGACCAAAUGGGUGCUGGACGGAAGCAUACGGGGCUGCUGCAGCAGCAACAGCAGCGACCACGGCCGCAGUACCGGGGGCUCCAGCGACACCAGCAGGCACAGCAACGUGGUGGAGACAGCAUGGAGGGACAGCUUCAGCAGCAGUGGCGGUAUCCCAUACAGCAGCCACAGCACAAGCCAACGCCGCUGCCGUGGCGGCAGUCAACACCACAGGAGCAGUUGCUGGACGACACUUUCCCUGCCUACCACCAACAGGACGAACAACGGCAGCGACUGGGUUCUGGAGCCUCUGCAUAUGGCGCUAUGGGCUCGUCGGGUGCAGCCGGCAUCGACAUUGACGACCCCUGGGAGGGUGAUGGCAACGAUGCGGGUGUAGAGGCUGAGCCGGAGGAGCACGGCAUGUCUCCCGGGAGGUAUGAAGACCUGCCACGGGGACCAGGAUCAAGUGUGGCCUCACCCAGCGAGGACACCUUUGUGUACACGCGAAUGGGGUCCGCGCUUGUGACGAACCAGCCUUUCACGACCCGGUCUUUAACGCGGAAGGCUUCCAUUGCGGAGUCGGUCCUAUGCCCUGGGCUCCGGGGCCCAGAGCUUGCUGCGCUCUAUGGAUCUGACCUACAGGGCGUCAUGCAACGUUCGGACGUCGAGUGUGCCACUGCACACGACCGGGACAUCGUGGAUUGGCUUCCUGAGCUUGAAGAGGACAAACUUGAAGGUUUCCUCGACACUGCGCCACCCGCCUACUAUGGCGAGUCGGACUGUAUCCGCUCUACCUUGUGUGCUGUCGUCGUGCAGCCGGGCGGAGGACCUUGUGCUGCAUGCCGGGAACUGGGCGUGGACAAGAAACACAAACUGCUACGCAAAGCACAGCGCGCGCAGCAGCGCAUCCUCUUGUUGGAGCAGGGCCUGCCGGCACUGCUUCCGACAUCGCUGCUGUCAACCCUCGGCCGGGCUGAACUGUUGUUGCGCCUCCAGGCGGCGCUACAACAUGCACAAGUUCUUCUCCAGGAUCUCGACACGGCACGUAGAUCAGUGGCAGCCAAUGCAGAGCGGACACGACCGGCACUCGUGGAUGAGCUGGAGGAGGCGUUUCGGUCGGGCAGACUGGAGCAUGGGUCUGUGUUUGCUUCUCUCAUGCGGGGCGCGGUGAGGGGCGACAGUCGCCGGGGCCGCCAGCUGGACCAUAUCGAGCGGGCCUUCUACCUCCUGUUGCUGCAGAUGGGUGGCCCUAUCGUGGUCAAAUUCGUGGCCGCCAACUUCAACGGCCCACAUCUUCGAACCAUCCAGAGGAGUCGCGCCAGUCAGGCGUACUUCCGGGUUGGGCCUGCACAUGACGAUGCCAACAUCAAAGGAGUACUCGGCGUGUUGACGGAGUUUAACCAGCACGCACUGCCCCUGGUGAUCAGUGAAGACGCGAGUGCACUUUCACCGCGGCUUGACACCGUGCACCGCCAUGGCGCCAUCCUCGCGUAUGGCAUGUGUGGUGGAUCGGAGCAGGUAGAUGCACAUAGCGUCUACGUGCCCGUUCGUGCCGUUGGGACAGACAACAAGGACACUGCACCGGCACUGCUCCGCAACAUCGAUACCUUGGACAAGUCUCUCGAGGAGAACGGUGCCGUACCUAUGGCGCACGUCGGCGAUGGUGCGGCCAGCUUCAGGCGCCAAGCCAUCCACCCGACCAAGAAGCUGCUCAUCGGGCCGUACCUUAUCAACCCGAACAUCCUCGUGACAAUGGCCAAGGAGGGCGAGGUGGACAUUACGGCCAGCGACCUCGAUUACGCCGACAAGCAGAACCAGUCGGCAACAAUGAAGCUGUCAGACCACCACGUAGACCCCAAGACCAGGAAGGUCGUCGCGGUGGACUCGAUACGGGCGGCUAUCGCGUCGCGCUGCAAACGGAGCCCUGCGGGUGGAGUGGGCUCCACCGCUGAUGGGACCUAUUACGGCACGUAUCUCUUUCAUUCCUUCUUCCACAUGUUCACUGGCGUCUUCUACACGGACGUGACGCCCCGCGAGGCUAUCAGGAAGGCCGCGUUUGUGCUGGGUUUCUUGGGCCACUGGGAGACCAGCCUUCACAAGACCAGCAAGACUUCACGCGCGCACGACAUCAGGGCCCACCUCAAGGCCCACUUCCUGACUAACGAGACACGGCAGGACAUCAUCAUCGCAUGCAACAACGUCAUCCUCGCGGCCGUGUACAUGCGGGAGUACUGCCUGGAGCGCAAGGUAAUGGUGAGGAUCUGCUUUGGCCAGCUGGGUAGUCGCCCCGCCGAGCACACCUUCCAGUCCCUUCGGUGCGCGGACAAGACAUCCUGCGUGUUCGGGAUGUUGAGAGCAGAGGAGCUCCUGCGCAACGUCCCCGUACAGCAGUCAACAGAGGCCGCGUCAGAGCUGGUUGUGCCCGACGCGAAACGUGGAGCUUCACGUGGGAAGGCCAGGGCAUUCGUCCCAGAAGCCGUGGGGGAGCCCGCAGUCGCGGCCAUCCGUGCUUACUACCCCGACGACAACAGUGUCACUGCCGCAAUCAACGCGGGACUCGAGGAGGUCCAAGCGCUCCUGACAAUGGACAUCGCAGCCAGCGACACCAUGAACACACGGGAUGAGGCCGCGGGUCGCGCUGGCGGUGAGAGCGGCGAGGUGGCUGGCGAGGGUCCCGUGGUCGGCGAAGGAACCGUGGGCGGUGAGGAACCCGCGGGCGGCGAGGAACCCGCGGGCGGUGAAGAACCCGCGGGCGGCGAGGAACAUGCGGGUGUUGAGGAACCUGUGGGCGGUGAGGAACCUGCAGGCGGCGAGGAGGCGCGCGAUGACGACCAGUCUGACUCCGACGGAGGAGAGCGUGGACGCCUGCUGAAGCGGCCGCGUGAUGUCAGCAUACUGCUGGCCUUGCGCGUGUUCACACGGCGGUUCAAUGCUUGCAUCGCCCGUCAACCCCGUGACCGUAUCCGUGGCAGGUUUUGGGGUGUCGACAUGCGUGAGGCUGUCAUGUUGCUGAACGAGGGUGACGAGGAUCACCUUUCAGACGGCGACUAUGUGGCCGUGCUGGAGGAGGUGGAGGGCCGCGCAGUAGUGCGUGUGGCCCUGGUGGAGGGGCUGCUCUGCCCCCAGGGGCGUGGCAGGGGUGCAGCCCGUUCUCGCCUGUCUACCACCAGGCGGCUUGACAUCGGUAACCCAGAUGGCAGGUUGCUGCUCCGNCUUCUACACCCUUCGCAAACCG